AUGGAUACUAGUAUUCGUUCGUCUACUAUUAGCCAUGGCUUUGUGUCCAGUUCAUCUCCAGGCGGCUCGAUAUCAUACAGCCAAGGUGACGGUAAUGGGCCAACGACCACGAAUAUGCAACAAAAUUUGGUUCUUUAUGGUUAUACUUUUCUCUUUCUUUUUGGAUAUUUUGGUCAUAUAAACAGCAUCAUUAUCUUUCUUCGACAUACACUUCGUGAAAUAUCAACAAGUUGCCUUUUUAUUUGUAUCACCAUAUCUAAUAUUAUCUAUUUAUUAACAUGUAUUUAUGAUUUUCUAUAUACUGGUAUUGGUCUCUCACCUGUCAGUGCUCUAACAAAUCCUUCUUUAUCCAAUGCACUUUGUCGUUUUCGUACAUUUGUUCAAUCAGUAGUAAUGUGUUCAUCAGCUUGGCUGCUUUUAGCUAUUUCCAUUGAUCGAUGGCUUCGUAUUCGUUUUCCAUUUCAAGUCAAAAAAUUAUGCACAAUAAAACGUGUACUAUUCGGAGCAUUGAUCAUACUUAUUUUUGCCAUUUUGUUCAAUGCUCAUUUACUUUUACCAUCAUUCGGAACUCUACGACAAGUAGAUAUUUGUGGUCCCAUUUCAAAUAACAUUUAUACAAUUUUCUUUCGACAGAUAUGGACCGUUUUAUUAACAUGUUUACAAUCUCUUGUACCAACAGUUAUUCUUUUGGUUGUAACAGUUGAUAUGUUUAUUCACCUUCGAGCACAACAAAGACAAAGCUUAAAUCAGAAUCGUCGUCGUGCUUUUAUUGAUCGACAAAUAUUAGCAAUUAUGUCAACAAGUAUAUUUUUAUUUUUUUCAACACAAAUUCCAAUAAGUGUAUUUCAUAUACUUCUUGUACCUGUUCUACGGCCUACACUUUCGGGGACUUACAUACUUCAAUUAACAACUAUUUUUAAUUUUGUCGCAUCCAUCAAUUAUGCUACAACAUUUUAUGUUCAUUGCUUGACAAGUAGAUUAUUUCGACAAGAAUUUUACAAUGUUAUAUGUUGUUGUUCAAUCUUUAAAAAUAGACGCAUCGGUGUUGAGACACAAACGAUCAUUCAAACAAAUCAAAGACAAAUAGAAUUAACACGAUUACGAGAAAAAAGAAAUCAUCAACUAUGUGCAAUUGAAACUGUAUAA